CAUGGCGGACUGAAGGAGGCGCAGCGUGAGUUUGAGUAAAAAACAAGUGCUGACAAUCCUUCUUUUAUAUAAAUAAUUAGACCUUUGUCGUAGACCUGCACCAUAGGCGGUGGUUGGUAAAUAUAUUUGACGUUUUAUCGGUGCAGCUCAGCUUUCCGUGUGGGGGACUCGAACCCGCAUGGUCAGAUCCGAGCAUCGUUGACUCCGUACGCGGAUUGUCAGCCUUUGCCACCAAAAAGGGCGGACGAGAAUCCCACCUGUGCAGCUGCACAGCCGACGUGAAAAGACACAUAUGAGGGAUCGCCUGAGAAGAUAAUGGUGAAGGAAACAGCGCCGGAAGACGUCGACGACCCCGAGCGAGGUCAAAAGACACCGUCCAAGCCCUCCUUCGAUUUAACGCCCAGCUCCAAAGGUCGGCAACGCAAAAUAAACUCCAGAUAUUUAGACUAUGACACCAGCGACGCAAACGAGGAUCCGAGGGACGACGACGUGCCGGCGAGGAAGGCCCCGACAAAGGCGGUGGGGGCGGCGACUACCGGGAAGACGCCUGGCAAGCGAGGACGUCCGAGAAAGGUCCCGCUGGCGAAUGUGGACGACUUUAUAACACCUCACGUGCUUAACGGGGACAUCUCGUCCAAAACGAACGCUGGUGUCACAAACUAUGACACCAGCAACGCAAACGAGGACCCGAGGGACGACGACGUGCCGGCGAGGAAGCCCCCGACAAAGGCAGCGGAGGCGGCGAUUCCCCGGAAGACGCCUGGCAAGCGAGGACGUCCGAGAAAAGUCCCGCUGGCGAGUGUGGACGACUUUAAAACACCUCAAGCGCUUAACGGGGACAUCGCGUCCCCACUGAACGCGUCCGCCUCUCCCUGCACCGAGGCGUCUUUGGAGAACGGGACGCCCAAGCCAAAGAGGAAGUACGUGAGGAAGCAGAUCGUUCACGUGGAGCCUGUCCCACCAUCUGAGAAGAGUCUCGAAGAAGGACCUGAGGAGUUGCAACCGGGAGGCCGCCCAAGGAGGAGCGCUGCUAAAAUGGCGAUGAAGUUCCUCCACGCGAUGGUGCAAGAGGAAGUCAGCCGUUCCUCUGAAGGUGCAGAAGCCACCAGUGACGUCAUCACCAAACCAGCCCCAGAAACUACAGAGGAAAGAAGUUCCCAAGAGAAAAAAGGCCGCAGAGGCCGAAAGAGAAAAUGCUCUGACGGCGACGCUGCAGAAGACGAGGACUUCGUUCCCGAUGUCGCGGGACCAUCUGAGGCGGAAGAGGAGGAGGAAGAUGAUCAGGAGGUGACCGACUCGGAUUCGCACGACGAAAGCAGUGCCAAUCGAAACGUCAGAAUAACCAGCCUCACACUUUUGGAGAUCGUCGAAAAUCAAAAAACAUUCCGUGACGAGCAACUCUGUAACUGGGUGUUCCCGGAGUGGUUGCCGUCCUCCAGUGUCUGGCAUCGAGUUCCCUCGAGUGAACUCGAGACCUAUCUACCUCAGGAGUGUCUCUCGGCUGCUUUCAAAGUGUCCAGGGACGGUUGUGACGAGGAGAUGCCUCUGCAGAGACUCAACAGAGUCUUCAAUCAACCUACCACGCAUGUUUUUGGGAUUUCCAAUCGGCUGAUCGGGUCGAGACAACUAUACUGCCAACUAACCGUGAGUACACAUUUUCUGGACGUUUUGCGCAGGUUCGAGUCCUUACCAGCCCAUCCGGAGUGCUGGGACAUGCACCUGUACACCGGCGGGCCGGUGUGGGCCAUGGAGUGGUGCCCGACGCCUGACAACGCAGUGGCCUCGCAGUACCUGGCCGUGGCCUGCCGCAGGGACAUGGAGGAGCAGCACUACUUCCACAAAACCUACUCUGGAACGGCAUUGGUGCAACUGUGGGAUGUGGGCACACUGGACUACAACACCUGGCCGAGCUCGAAGCCUGCCCUGGCGUACGGCCUGGUGUUGGACCAAGGUUUCGUCUGCCACCUGAAGUGGUGUCCGUCGGGAGGAUGGGAGCUGCCCACCACCCAGAAAGAGGCUCCUCUGCUGCCCAGACUCGGUCUCCUGGCCGUCGCCACCUCCAUGGGUGUGGUCGCCAUCUACAGCCUGCCCCAUCCUGAUGCCCUGCGCGCCAGCCAAGACUCUGGUGAUGCCAGCCAGCCAACCUCCAUUUACAAGCCCAAUCCGGUGGUCACCCUGAAGCUGGGCUCCUUAAAGGCUCCCCGCCUGGAGCGCAGCGGUCAGGUUCUGUCCAUGGACUGGCUGCCCAUCAAACCACACGAUGUCAUCGCCGUCGGCUUCUACGACGGUAUGGUUGGUCUGUGGGAUCUGACCACCAAAUCUGCAUUGUUGCGCUUCCAGGAGUCACAUGACUCUCCCAGCUUGCUGCCGUACAAAUGCUUCCUUGCUCACAAACAGGCCGUGCGAGCGCUCACUUUCUGUGCCGCCAGCAGACAUCUUGUGGCAACAGCGGGGGAGGACCGCCUCCUGAAGACGUGGGAUCUGCGCAGGCUCUACGGGCCAAUCACAGUGCAGAAACGCUCCCUGAUCAAUGAUAUCUGCUGGCCCGCCAAUGCACCAGGCCUCUUUUAUGCCGAGGACGGCGCCUUUACAGCACACAAUUCAAAUGGAGUCCAUUACUUUGACCACCAAAUGAACUCUUACUUUGCUGUGCCCAGGAUGACCGCUAUAUGGUCCAUCUCUUACUCUGACUGGCUGAACACUUUGGUGACGUCGGACAUGCUCGGCGAGGUCAUCAUCUCCAUGUUACCUUCCUUGUUUGCUAAUACUCAGCACAUCAAAAAGACAGUCAAGAAGAGAUUUCCCGUCUACUUCACGUCUAUGGAGCGUCACGACGCCACCCCAGAUGCUAAAGAGGGGGAACAGGAAGUGUGUGGGGAGGAGGUGAAGGAGGAGAAUGACAGAGCAGAUGGAGGAAGAGACGGCGGCGAGAAGGCUGACGUCCGCCCGCGACUCUUUGACACGUACAAAGAGACGGAGAGGAAGUACUACCUUCACCACACCGACAACAACAUGAAGUUCUUCAGCAAAAUGGGACGCUUGUGGAAGCAAAUGAGAGACACGGAGUUUUGCAGUCGGCUCAACAUGGAUGAGAUGCCUUUGGGAUCAUUGCACAAGGUGCGCCUGAGUCCAAACCUGAGCUGUCACACGUGGAUGGCGUCGGGCGGUCUGGCUGGCCUGGUGCGCCUCAACUGCAUCAGGGGCCUGAACAACCAAGACGUGGAGGACGUCAUCAGCCGGGCCCGCGGCAUCCCCGAGGUCGCCACCGCCGAGGUCGCCUCCCCGGACGCUCCCCAGGAAACUCCCUGCGACGCUCCUCUAUGACAGCCGCUAUGAUUUGGUGAACAUUUUUAAAUUAAAUAUGACAUUUUUGUUGACCUCCUCAGCCAGAGAAUGACUUGAACACGCCUUUAGUUUGCCGGCGUUGUUGCAUAUUUUUUAACGUCGUGGUGACGAGUGUGUUAGUCACACUUUUACAAUCAUGUUUACAGUCAAGAGCGAGUCUUUACAGUACAGUAUGUCCAUAUGAACAUGAACGUAAGGAUGAUAAUUAAAGAGUAACUAUCAGCUUCUUAUACCGUGUACAGAAUGUAUACACAUGUUUAUAGUCAAAUCGUGCUUGGAAUUAUGCUUUUUCUUCUUAUGGAGAGCAUACUGUAAAUAAGGAUUUUUGUAAUGGAUUGUUUUGAGGAAUAAAUAAAGUAGAUG